AUGUUUCUCGACUUCGUCGUUCUCUCUUCAAUUUUCUUCUCACUAGAGAGUGUGAGUCGUGAAGUAAUUCUCGAAUAUUCUAAAUUUAAUACUCAGAUUUAACAUUAUUGUAAAAAUAUCUUUUAAGAGAGCUAGAAAAAGGAGAAUUUUCUCUCAUUUUGAAUAAGCUAGACAAUCGGUGGUCGUUUUUAAACUAACGCUGAAAAAUAGUUACCGGAUAGCAACCCGGUAUAUUAUAUAGCGUACUCCGGACUACUUGGUAACUUUCAGGUAGGCUUUCUUUUAGGGAUACCGAUGGUAUCGAGAUACCUCUGCAGUUGUUCUUUUUUUUUAAUUCACGAUAUAGCUGAUUCACAGCUAGCUUGGGACGCUAAGGGAACGUGUCUUGUCUGCGCUCGCCACGAGCUAGGCGCUAUUUCGUGCAUUAUCGUGUCAGGACACUUUUUUCGAUGGCUCAAGCCAGCUGUGAAUUGCUAUAUAACUUACCGAGUUAUGCUGUUUUUUUUUUUGAACGGAAAUAUCAAAUUACUUCAUAGGUGAAAGCAGAAGACCUACAGUUUGAUUCGGACACAUGUGGAAAGCUGAAAGGUUGUCUUUACUUUCCGAAAGGAUGCGAUCCUGGCUCUUCCUGUAAAAUCAAAGCCAGCUACGUGGUGAGAGAGGUUAUAAUUUCUUUUUACAUUUUCUUACAGUACGAUAAGCCGUCGGGAAUGAUGGAGAUGCAACUGUCGGGAAAGAUAUCCAAGGACCACUUUGUCGCUUUCGGAUUUUCCGAUGAUGAGAAAAUGGUACCCUUGAUUUUUCGAGCUGUUUUCAAGAAUUUGGAAGGGAAAUGACAUGGUGACGACGUGUUUCAACAACAAUGGAGCAGUGAACGCAAGUCUGGCAGUUAACGAGCCCAACGUCAGGAAAAACAACUUCAUAGUGAACUGAACGCCUUUCGGUCAUUAGAACUUGACACAUUUUUCAGAACGAAAGUGGCCUUUUCGAAGUUAUGAAAACCGGCUCUGCUGAUGGUUUUUCUCACUGCCACUUUAGGUUUUCUUCACUAUUCAAGGGGAGUUAAAAUCCUUUUUCGGACAGAUUUCCAGCGAAAAUGCCGACGGACAAGUUCACGGCUCUGAAACGAGGCAACGACGUUUACUAUCCGUUGAUGUCCACGGGACCAUUCGUGAAUGGCCGUGAGUCUUUUCUUUGUUUUGCUCUCUAAGCGAAGCUUCCAGGUUUGGCUUACCACAACUCGGAGAAAACAAUACAUAAAAGCACAGAUUUCGGGGUUUAUCAAAGAAAGUCGUCGGGGGAAGUAGAGAUAUUGGAAUGUUUGUCGUUUUGAAGUAGUUUCAAUUUUUUUUUUCAUUCUAGCAAAAGCCAAAGUAGAUGUUUCGGAAACAACGACGCUGUACAUGGCCCACGGUACGUUUAGAUUCAUUAAGUCGUUCUUUUGUUUUCGUCGAUAAUCAAAAAUAUUGAGAUGAAACGUUUACAAUGUGAAAAAUGUUCGGCAGCAUACCAUAACAGUUACAGGAAAAAUCUUUUUUAUCGCGCUGACGUUGUUGUGGAUCUUUGGAGGCAGCAAUACGUACUUUUUCUGAGAACCUGAAUAAAGUAUCCAUUGCUUGUAUACGUUUCCGUUUCGAGUUUUCGAAAAUGAAAAUAUUAGAUGAAAAUAAGAACUGUCUCGAAAAGGUUCUCGUCAACAUUUUAGGCCUACAAAAGGCUUCUCGAGGUGUCACAGUUUCGUAAAAUAUCCAGCCUUUUUUUCAAACUCGAAACCAAACUGCAGGAAUUCUGAUGACUUUCUCGUGGACGGUGUUCAUUUCGACAGGAAUUCUCUUCGCUCGACACUUUCGCGAACAUUGGCCUGAAACUCCUAUCAUGGGAAUCAAGAUCUGGUUCCAUGUGUGUAUUCCGAUUUGGUGGCUUUUUGUCAAAAGACUUCUGCAGCUCCAUCGAACAUUUAAUAUGAUUGGAAUUGCCUCGAUGAUUUGCGGCAUUGUGAUAAUAUUUAUUGCGAAAGAGUGGACCUGGAUUGGACCAUCAUUCUCGCGAACUUCCGAAGAGGUUUUUGAAAAAAUCUUUCAUCUUGUUGUUUAUAACUUCUGAUAUUCUCUUUGGAUCUGCCCACAACCUGUUUUUUAGAACGGCACCUGGUCGUCCAUUCAUGCUCUUCUGGGCGCAACUUCAUGCAUUCUUGCCAUUUCGCAGCCGUUGAAUGCAAUGUUAAGGUGAGAGUAACAGUUUUCAGCUUCGCGCACAAAAAGGUUUGAUAAGCCCAUGUGUGGAUUAUAGGCCAUUCCGCGCAAGCUUGUCACAUUUUUCUUUCCGUUAAAAGGCCAGGUCAAAUUCAACCAACUUUCGCUUCAAGACCUUUGUUUCUUGCCGUUAUAAAAGCAGAAAUUUGAUCUAAUUUGGUAUACGGUCUUUUUGGCGGGAAGAAAAACAUGACAAGCUGGCGCGGAAUAGACUAUAUUUUGUAUAAAAAAGAGAGAACAAAAGAAAAGCCGCGGCUUUUUGCUCUACCUGUGUUUUAGACACAAGUACAAUGCUGUACAAAAAAUUCUUAAAAACCAAAAAAAAAAAAAUGAUUUUUGUGAUUUUGAAGAGUUUAGCUUAAAAAGCUUCAAAAUUAGUGGGUGAAGAACGUGAAAAGUUGAUCAUGAGGCGAUUUUCAGGAACUCCAUAUAGUUCAACAAAAGGUAUUUGAUUUCUAGUGGACUCCAUAUUGCAAUGGAUAAUGAUCUUCUCGCCAUUCGUACUUUUAUAUGAAUUCGAGCAAAGCCGAAAUUUUAGACAAAAAAACUUCUAAUAAUUAAAUCACUCAAACGAGUAUUUUCUACGAGAUUGAAAAAUUUGGAAACUAAAAAUGCCGGAUUUUCGUGAUGGCGCAAACAAGGCAAAACACACCUAUGUUGUAGACACAGAUCACAAAAUUGAUCAUAUCGGAUCGUUCUGAGCAGAGCCUUUUGAUACGAGGCAUAGGGGCAGUAAAAAACGGGGUUUCAGGUGAAAGCAGUAUCUUGUAUAGUUUUUUUUUGCGAAUCGUACUGUGUACUCAAAACAAUUACAGAUGUGACAACUUUAGAAGAAAAACGUGAUUUUACAUUCCCGCCUUUAAUUUUGAGAAAUGUUUUGGAUAGGUGUACGAACAACGGUUUACAGUAGCCGUGCACGCGAUGUUGCGGACGUCUCAUUAGACUCGCAUUUUGUGAGAAAUAACCGGAUAUCUGCUUCAAAUCAAGGGUUUCUUUUCUGAAAGAUCAAUUAAGAAAACAAAAAACACACACCGAUAAUGAAGGAAACACAAAAUAUUGCAAUCCCAAUCGAAACCUGUGUAAAAUCACCUUUUCAAUAAAGAAGCAUUUUGCGAACAAAUAUUGCAAAUUUUACAUCAGAUGCCAUCCAGGAGCGGACCAACGUUUCAUUUUCAAUUAUAUUCAUCGUGGAUUGGGUUUUACAGCAUUGAUGCUAGCUCGUGAGUGUAUGAGUGAAGUUUCGAGGUUAAAUGAGACAAUUUUCUAGUUAUGACAAUCAUGAUUGCUGCAAUUCACUUCGAAUCUUUGAACAUGACCAACAUUCCUCUGGCAGUUUUGGUCCUGUUUUUUAUCAUUUUCGUUUUGGUUCUGGCAGGAAUGGAGUUUUUGACAGUUCGCCGUCAGUCAUCCACUUGUUUGUUCAAAGUGAAUCGUUCAUCUUUCAGGAGCUCUUGAAAAUGGUCCCAAGAAAAUCGCGGAAGUCGACGACAGCUAUACAGGUGACAGCAGUUCGCAACAACAGCAACCUUCGACGGCUGGAAAUGAAGAAGACCGCAGAGUAAGGGACUUUUCAUGAAAACUCUCAUAUUUCCAAGUUAAUUAAUCAACUUCCCGAAUUGCAAACAGAAAUGCUUUCGAUCAACGAAAAGUUUUUUGUUUACCUGCUCUCAAAAACCUUCUUACUAAUCGCGCGCUCCAAGUUAUUUCGAAAAAUAAGUAAAAAUCAGUCGAGCGAAUACUACGGGAGAAAUAUUUAACAUCACUUCAGAGACCGUAUGCAAUAAAGGAAAAAAUGAAUUCCCGCCAUGUUCCUGAAACUGGAAAACGACUACAAUCAGUCUUUUUGAGACUGAAAUUUUUUUUCUAUCCGAAUCCUCUUACAAAACCUUAUUACAUCAGAUAAAGUCGAAAUCAAUGACAGAUGAGCGAGUUUCAGGCAUUCUCUGUUUUCAGGAGAAUGGCGGAAUAUCAUUUUCCACUUCAUUUCAUCAGCCUCAGGCAAAUAUUCCCUUUUCUUCCAGCGCGAAAUCUCAUCGAACGCACCAAAAAGCUUUUCAUUUUAAGUACAAUCGUGAGGUAUAGUCAAUCCAUCCCGACUCGGAAGGCGAGAGGGCGGGAUGCGUAGCGUGCAGGUACGCGGUUCUUCGCACGAGUUCAACUCAAGAGUCACCGACUAUUAUAAAACUCUCCUUUACCGCUUUUUUUUUCUCUACUAUUUUGCAAUUGAAAAAUGAAAAAAAAGUUAAUAAAUAAAUUUUAAAAAAAGGGAAAGGAAAAGAGCGAUAAACGAGCUCUCCAAAUAGUCGCUGGCGCGCCAUCGCGGUUGAAUUGAACUCUUGACAAGAGCCGCGAACGCGCACGCUACGCGUCACUCCCUUUCCCCGCCUCCAUCACCUUUCAAGUUGGAAACAAUGGAUUAUAGCUACCGGGUAGCUAUUUAUUAGCUACUUGCAUGGUACCGAAAAGUGUACGCUCGUCAGAAAUCAUACCCGGUAGCAUAGCGACACCUCUCCGGUCGUAGCUAGGGACCAUAGAGAUAGUGCUCUACUGAAAUCGUGCAAAGAGCAGUGCCCGAGCCAGGAUACUUCAUAAAAGCUUCAUGCAUUCUGCAAAUCAGUGCUUUGCAUUUUUCACAGAAGUUUUGCGCUUUUCGCCUGUAAAAAGUGAGCCCAAAAGAGAUGCAAAAUGCGAGGAGCUUCUGUGCAAAAUGCAAAGCUCUGAUUCGUAGGACGCAUGCAACAUUUUUUGCAAAAUGCCGGCAUAGGCACUGCUGGUUGCAGGGAUUUACUAGAGUACCCGGUCACAUACAAACGAUCACCGAUUACCAUACGCCGAUUGACUUUGAAGUUGCUACCUACUUGUAUCGAUCUCCCGAUUAACCAGCUGCUAAUAAAACUCUCCGAAAAAUGACAUUAAAAGUAAUUACUGAAAAAUAUUGAAAUAAAAAGUACGGAAAUAAUAAUAAUUUUGUCGCAAUUUUUUUUUUGAUUGUAUUCAGUUGAGACUCGCAUUUUCUGGUUAAUAACGCUAUUCAGACGAAUCUCUUCUUACUCAAUAUUUUGAUCGUGCAUCUGAGCGUUGCGAUCAUCGUGGCUGUUAUUGUUGCCAUCCACAUCAUAAAAAGCCAUUCCUAA